UCUCCACAUUCAUACAUCAUGGCCGCAGAUCGUUUAAGCUCGCUCUUGAGCCACCUCAAGCCCGGCGCCGCCAACGGCCUCGCUGCUAUUACACAGAAGAACCCCGACGAUGUGGUCAUUACCCUAGCAAUCCGCACACCGCUGACCAAGGCGCGUAAGGGCGGGUUUAAGGACACAGAAUUGGACUACAUGAUCUACGCCUUGUUGAAGGAGACUCUGGCCAAGUCACAGAUUGACCCUGCUCUGAUCGAGGAUGUCUGCCUCGGCAACGUCGGCGAAGGCAAAGCCGCCUACAUGGUCCGCGCCGCUGCCCUUGCUGCCGGUAUCCCCCACACCGCCGGCGCCUCAUCAGUCAACCGCUUCUGCUCGUCUGGACUGAAGGCUGUUCAGGAUAUCGCGGCCCAGAUCCAACUGGGCGCCAUCGACAUCGGUGUCGCUGUAGGUGCCGAGCUGAUGUCCGCCGCUGGUGACCGUCUGGAGAAGCCCUUCAACGAGGAAGUCCUGCGCAACCAGGAGGCCGCAGACUGCAUGCAGCCUAUGGGCCAGACAUCCGAGAACAUUGGCAAGGACUUCGAUAUCCCCCGCGAACAGCAGGAUCGAUAUGCCGCCGAGUCCUUCCGUCGUGCUGAGGCUGCUCAGAACAAUGGCUGGUUCGCUGAUGAGAUUGCUCCCAUUACUGUCAAGGUCAAGGACCCCAAGACUGGCGAGGUUAAGCAGGUGACUCUGUCCCGUGAUGAUGGUAUUCGUCCCGGUACGACUUUCGAGUCGCUUUCCAAGAUUCGCCCUGCAUUCCCAGAGUUCGGUGACAAGUCCACUGGUGGAAACUCCAGCCAGGUCACCGACGGUGCCGCAUCUGUUCUUCUCAUGCGCCGCUCCAAGGCUAUUGAGCUGAACCAGCCUAUCCUCGCCAAGUUCUGUGGUGCCACCGUUGCCGGUGUGCCCCCUCGCGUGAUGGGUAUCGGCCCAACUGCCGCUAUCCCCAAGCUGCUGAGCAAGUUCCAGCUUGACAAGAAUGAUAUCGAUAUCUACGAGAUUAACGAGGCUUUCGCCUCUAUGGCCGUCUACUGUAUUAAGAACCUCGGCCUUGACCACGCCAAGGUCAACCCUCGUGGUGGUGCUAUCGCCAUUGGUCACCCGCUCGGCGCAACAGGUGCGCGCCAGAUCGCGACCGUUCUGAGCGAGGCUCGCCGGACAAAGAGUAAGAUUUUGGUCACUUCCAUGUGUAUCGGAACUGGACAGGGUAUGGCUGGUCUCUUUGUCAAUGAGCAGUUGUAA